AGAGUAAGAGAGAAAGAAUGUUACUCUCUGCUAGUCAUCCUUUAGCUGCCUGAGAGAAAGAGAGACGACAGGAGAGGAGAGGAGCUCUACGCAAAACCUGCUCUGCCUCAUAGCCCUGGCCCUGCCAAUGGCAGCCUCUACGCCAGAGUGAGGAAGAGGAGUAGUGACAAAGGAGGGGAUAUGUUUCCCCAGGCAACCAGCGGCCCUAUCCCCAGUGGCCUUGCCCUGUCAGCCAGUAGUGAUUCAGGCUUCUCUAUUGCCUCCCAGUGGACAGGGGUUAUUACUGCAGUGAGCCCUGGGAGAGGGCCCAGUGAGGACGAACGUACCCAGCAAAGGAGGCUUCUAUCUGGGGUUGGCCUGGAGAAGGCUCAGCCUCCUCUGGAAGACAUGACAAAGCUCCCAGCCUCCAGUAAUGGAGAGGGGAAGAUGGACGGGGACAAGGAAGGCUUAGGGCAGCCUGUCAACGAGGAGGCCUUGCCCAGCGAGAGGGAGACAGACAUCCUGGAUGAUGACGAGUUUAUCCCUGAGGCUAGCCCUGCCUUGGACAGGCAUAGCUUGGCUAGCAUCGGCUCAUUGUCCUCUGAGAGCCUGCCUGAAGCCCAGCAAUUGGUCCAGAGUGGAAGUGGAUACUCCACCACCUACACCACCCAAUCAUGGGUGCAGCAGGCAGUCGACGCCCCAGAGGGGGAGGAGCAAACAGACCAGGGGUGGGACAGCCCUGUGGAUACACCUCCUCUGAUUGGUCCAGACACCCUGUCAGUUCCAGACAUGCCCAAUACGGGGACCAGCAGAAGAGAGGCGGUGCAGAGACGAAUGGAGGGUGGGGUGGGAGUUGAGAGGUCGCCUGAGGUCACCACACAUGUCCAACACAGUACACAUGCCACACACACCACACACACACCCCUACCCUCAGGGGAACCCUAUGGGCAGGAGGAGCUUGCCUCGUUAGUAACAGACAUGGAUGAGUCCAUCGAGCAGCUCAACCGGUUAAUCCUUGACCUGGACCCCACCUUCAUACCUGUCCCCACCCGACAUCCCGUCCCCCCCCUGUCCCGCUCCGUCUCCCUCCACACCAAUGGGAUAAGCCAAACGACAACCCACGCCAACGCCAGCCAAUCAGGCUGGAAGCAUAGACAGGCCAGUGAUGUCACAGAUUACCCAGGGUUCCAUAGUCCGGGUUGGAGCGGAGCCCAGACGUUCCAGAACUCUCUGAUCUUCAGGCCCAACCUUCUUCCCUCCCAGCGUGGCCGUCUCUACAGGAUGGAGGACUAUGAAGGACAGGCUCCAGUGACGGAGAGCUGUGACAUCGUCCCACCCACACCAGCAUUUCCUGUUUCUCCUCCAACGCCCUAUAUGAAAAGUUGUCCAGUUGUCUCUUACAUGAGGCAUAGCAAGGGACAGUGGGAGAUGAGCAGAACAUCACAAGAUUCUCAAAGUUUCCUGGACAGUAGUAUGAACCAAACUCCAGCCUCGUCGAAUGGAGAGCUUUUCUGCUCGGAAGUGUCCUUCACUCCCACCACCUGUCAGAGAAUGUUCGGAUCCAUGCACUCUGUAUCGUCAAGGACCCUCCCACACACAAACAGCCUCCUCAAUGUGCACAGAUCUCCCCUGGGGGCCCAGAGGGACCUGGAGGGGUCUGGGGGCCAGAGCUGGGGUGAGAGGAACCAGGAUGCCCAAAGCCAGGGGGAUUUAGUCUCUCUGCUGCUGGGGAAUGGACAUCUUGGUCUGGAGGACAGCCUGUUGGAAGCUGUGGAGGGGCUGGGGGGCCUGGAUCUAGGCCUGGGGCUUGGAGAGGGUAGACUGACAGGACUGCCACCCGUGCUUCCUGAGAAGAGGGUACCAGCGCUGGCUGGGUCCCGCUCCCCCUCUCUCAGUGGAUUAUCCAGCCCCCACAGUGGUAGUAGUCUCAGCAUCCCCUUCCCCUCAGCCAUGACCCCAGCCCCUUUCAGAGGACUCAGCCCUGGUGGUGGUGGAGCCCCUUUGCCUGGAUCAGACCCGUUUUCCAGUAAGCAGGACAAUGUGAAGUUUGUUCAGGACACUUCCAAAUUCUGGUACAAGCCUGACAUCUCCAGAGAUCAAGCCAUCGGUGUGCUGAAGGACAGAGAACCUGGAUCCUUCAUCGUCAGGGACAGUCACUCGUUCCGCGGAGCCUACGGAUUGGCUAUGAAGGUGGCCACACCCCCUCCCUCUGUCCUGACACAGAGCAAGAAAGUGGGUGGCGACCUAUCCAAUGAACUGGUUAGGCACUUCCUGAUUGAGUGCACACAGAAAGGGGUGCAGCUUAAGGGCUGUCCCAAUGAACCCUACUUCGGAAGUCUGACUGUGUUGGUCUGUCAACAUUCCAUUACCCCGUUGGCCCUGCCCUGUAAACUCAUCAUCCCCGAAAGAGAGACAAGUGAUCCCUCAACACAGUCAGUAACCAACUCUGCUGCUGAGCUACUCAAACAGGGAGCAGCUUGCAGUGUGUGGUUCUUGGGCUCAGUAGAGCUGGAGUCUUUGACAGGGUACCAGGCUGUACAAAAGGCAGCCAGUCUGACUCUGGCCAUGGACCCUCCUCCAACCUCCACUGUGGUUAAUUUCAAAGUCUCAACACAGGGCAUCACUCUCACCGACAAUCAGAGGAAGCUGUUCUUCAGGAGACACUACACCGUCAAUACCGUCAUUUUCUGUGCCCUUGACCCACAGGACCGCAAGUGGACAAGAGAUCGCUGCUCGUCUGCUAAGAUCUUUGGUUUUGUGGCGAGGAAGUCGGUGAGUGGGACGGAGAAUGUGUGUCACCUGUUUGCUGAACACAACCCCGAACAACCUGCCAGUGCCAUCGUCAACUUCGUCUCCAAGGUGUUGAUUGGAUCACUGAAGAAAUAAGACCUGGGCACACACACACUCACACACCACACACCACACACCACACGCACUCACACACCACACGCUCACACACACACUCACACACCACACACUCACACACACACUCACACACCACACACUCACACACCACACACUCACACACACACACACACGCUCACACACACACACACACACACACACACACACACACACACACACACACACACACACACACACACACACAGUUUGUCCUGCUGGUACAUACUGCACUUAAAUGCCGAGGUAGAGAAGACUAAUGUGUUGCAUUAUGGCAAACUACCAGCAGAGGGCAGCACAGGAGCAACAUCUUUACCCUGCCACCAGGGUUGUAAGGGUGACAUUUCACCUUGACGCUGGUCAGAUUUUGCAUUUCCCCCGCUUAUGGUUAAGAUUAGGUGAGGGGAAAUCUGAACUUAUCAUAGAUCUGUUCCGAGAGGAAACUUGACCCUGAAGUGCAUCGAGGACUUAAUCUUCUCAAGAAAACCAAUGCUUAUAUUAACGAAGUCUGCUUAUCAGAUGAGGCUGAUGUGAUGGCUGGAAUGUACGGUAUCAAACACAUGGUUACAAUGGUCCCGCCCUCCUAUAUCAACGCCCACCAGCCACCACUGAUAUGUAUGUCUGUGAUCUGGAUGUCAUUGUAAAGGGAGGGAAUCUGUCAUGUAUGUUAGUAUUUUUAGGACAUUUUUUCCAACAACUUUAUUUGUUUAACUGUAAUCUAUAUGAUAUUACCCUAUAAUCACACAGCAUUACUAGUCUGGCUAUACCUGCCAUGACGAGUAAAAAGGCUUUCAACAAUGAAUAGGGUCACUUUCAAUCACUUCAGCCAAUCCUUUUGAACUCAUAUCAUCAGUGAAACAUAGGAUACUCUACAAUCCAGUGCUUGACUUGGGCCGGAACACACUAAUAUAAACUGUACUGGCACCCAAAAGGAUUUCAGUCAAGCACUGCUACAAUCGACUGGGUUUGUUUAGCAUCAACUUAAUAGUUAAGCCCCACCAUGGAGUAGCACCAUAUCAUAGAGUUUACGAUUAAAGCUAGAGCACUGAUGUCUUAGACAAAUCAGACCACACUGAUCGGUUAAAAUUAGCGGGUGACCGUUCUAUUGCAUAUGACAGCAGAGUAUCGUCUGCUAUUUUUUUUUAUUCAUCUCCUGACAAUACUACAUGUUGAAUCGACUCCGUUCGUCGACACCCAGCAGGCAUCUUCUGUGGACACGUUAGUUAUAUAAGACUAAAGCCUAUAUCUGGUGUCCCUUUCAACAGAUAUUAACAGUUAUAUUAGACAAAAGCCUAUAUCUGGUGUCCCUUUCAACAGAUAUUAACAGUUAUAUUAGACAAACGCCUAUAUCUGGUGUCCCUUUCAACAGAUAUUAACAGUUAUAUUAGACAAAAGCCUAUAUCUGGUGUCCCUUUCAACAGAUAUUAACAGUUAUAUUAGACAAACGCCUAUAUCUGGUGUCCCUUUCAACAGAUAUUAACAGUUAUAUUAGACAAAAGCCUAUAUCUGGUGUCCCUUUCAACAGAUAUUAACAGAUUUUAAAAGAUGUGGGUUUUAUACAUAGGCUGAAAUAUUUAUAAUUGAUGUGCAUAUGUUUUUAUAAAUACGUAUCUCUUUGAACACAUAAUUGUCUGUAUAUUUAACAUGAUACAUUGGGUUUGAAAGAUGAAUAACUCUGAGGAGAUAUGAAACAGUGCAACAUAUUGUUGUAAGGAGCACUAUGAUUACUGUCUUGUUCUUGACAAUGGCAUGGCGUUGCACUGGUGUGAGGAACAGUAGUGUACCUCUGGUCAAACGCAGUGCACUAUAUUGGAAAUAAGCUCCCACUGAAGUCUCUUCCUUGUCGUAUUGUUGGAGAGUCGAAGGGAACUGUUUUCCAUACUCGUGUUUCUGCGAUCCAUGUCUCCUACUUCUGUGGUUUCCUGAGUUCUCUGGCCCAAGAGCAUAACUUGAGUACUCUAUUGCACAUGAGGUUGGUGGCACCUUUUAUUCAGGGGGCGACGGGCUACUGGUAAAUGGCUGGAGUGGAAUUGUGUUGACUUCGUUCCGGCCAACCGCAAGGCUGCCCUCAGCAGCCUCCACUGCUCUACUUGUAAGAUUCAUGUUACUUCACUCACAUAUUGAAAAUAGAACUAGAACUCGUAUAUUACAUUCCUUCUUUUGUCAUUUAGGCCACAUAGAUGUGUUGUGUCCAAAACGUCCGGAUUGAGCAAAUGCUUUUUCAUUAUCCGUUGAUUAUUGUCAGACAAAAGUCGUCUCGUCUUUUUACACAUGCAACUUGUCCUACGAUAGUUUCGUUGAGUUAAACUUUUGAUGGACAAAAACAGAAAACUGAUGAAUGCAUUAUACGCUUUCAUCUGCGCUCAUGCGUCUCUGUGUGGCCGCAGCCAUAUGAAAAUGUCAAUUAGAGUAUUUUUUUUCCCAGUAGAUGGCACAGAUCUAUCACAAAAUAAACAAAUGUAGGAUGUCG